AUACACCAUAAUAAUUAUAAAGAUAUUAUACAAUCACAUGGCUUGAUUGUCUGUUUGGUAACAUUGAUUUUAGAUAUGUUUUUUGGACUGAGAUUUCAGAGAAAACAAAAUUUAUUAAUCUUUUCUUAGUAGAUUUCAAAGCCAAUCUUUCCUUCUUGUAUUCUUCAUAUCAAGCCAAUCAAACCAUCGCAUAAUAAAAAAGUCACUCCAAACAAUAACAAUUCUCCCUCGGUCUUUCUUUGUACUUUGGUCUUUUAUACCCUCUCUCUCUCUCUCUCUCUCUCUGUGUUUGUGUUUCAGUGAUUCUGUUGUGUUACAAAUCAUAUAUAUUUUUUGCAAGACUGUUUUUUAAUUUCUUUUGUGUGAUCAAGUUUAGUUUUUUUUCUUGAUUUAAACGCAUCAACGUUUGAUUUCAAGAUGAUUUGUUCGAUCAAAAGUUCUGUAUGCCUUCCAACGAUGAGUGGGUCGGUUUCAGUUUCUCGUAAGAGAUUAGUUUCACAAAAACAAGAACGAUCUUCUCUUUCGCCGUUUUUACCGCAAAUCACCCCAAAGUUUUCACUUUCUGUUACUAAACCCCUCCACGUUUCAUCAGUUUCAAGCUUUGAGAAACCCCAGAAGUCGGUGAUCACAUGCAAGGCUUAUGAAGCGGACAAAUCGCAACCCAUUGAAGGAUCAGAAGUGGCCAAAUCGGAGGCGGCGAAGAAGGUCAAAAUCGGUAUUUAUUUUGCGACCUGGUGGGCUUUAAACGUGGUGUUCAAUAUAUAUAACAAGAAGGUGUUGAAUGCGUUUCCAUAUCCGUGGUUGACUUCAACGUUGUCUCUGGCUUGUGGAUCGUUGAUGAUGUUGAUUUCGUGGGCAACAAGAAUUGCGGAGACUCCAAAGACGGAUUUGGAGUUUUGGAAGACUUUGUUUCCUGUUGCUGUGGCACAUACAAUUGGGCACGUAGCGGCAACGGUGAGUAUGUCCAAGGUGGCAGUUUCGUUCACCCACAUCAUCAAGAGUGGAGAACCAGCUUUCAGUGUCUUGGUUUCGAGGUUUCUGUUGGGUGAGAGCUUCCCAGUGCCAGUGUACUUGUCCCUUAUUCCGAUCAUAGGUGGUUGUGCUCUUGCUGCUGUGACCGAGCUGAACUUCAACAUGAUUGGUUUUAUGGGGGCCAUGAUAUCAAACUUGGCAUUUGUCUUUCGGAACAUAUUUUCAAAGAGGGGCAUGAAGGGAAAGUCAGUUAGUGGGAUGAACUACUAUGCUUGUCUCUCUAUGUUAUCUCUCAUAAUUCUCACACCCUUUGCAUUAGUUGUGGAGGGACCACAGAUGUGGGCAGCAGGAUGGCAAACAGCCAUCUCUCAAAUUGGACCGCAAUUCAUUUGGUGGGUGGCGGCUCAAAGUGUAUUCUAUCAUCUAUACAAUCAGGUGUCUUACAUGUCUUUGGACGAGAUCUCUCCCUUGACAUUUAGCAUCGGAAACACCAUGAAACGUAUAUCUGUCAUAGUCUCCUCAAUCAUCAUCUUCCGCACACCUGUCCAGCCAAUUAACGCUCUUGGAGCGGCAAUCGCUGUCCUUGGAACAUUCUUGUACUCCCAGGCAAAGCAGUGAGAGAUAGAGAAUACAUUGUUCGGUAUGUGUUUAGCGCGGAGGAGUAGAUUGGUUGCUGUCUUUCGGGAUCAAUGUUCGCUGGAUUUUGGUCAGAUGGACCAGCAUAAUAGUAUCCUGGUGUAGAUAAUGAUGAAUAAAAAUAAAUAAAUGAUGAUUAUAAACGAACAUUAUACAGGGUAAUUAGGGAGGCUUUUUUUUUCUGUAUCUGUUGAGGAGGUUGAGGGGAGAAAUGUCCCAAUAAACAAGGUUAAUGUCUAGAACCUUGAAUGUUUGAAGGGACACAAGUAACAACAAUGUGGACAAUUUGGUUUCUUUUAAGAAUUUGUUCCUUGGAUUAUAUU